AUGUCGGAUAUUCAAAAGCCUGUCGUCGAGGAGCCAGUCGUUGCUGCUCCCGCUCCAGUAACUACCACUACUGAAGCUCCAGUUGUUGAGCCGGUCGCCGAGCCAAAGGUCGAGGAACCAGUUGCUGCAACUGAACCAGUCACCGAAACUCCAGCAGUUGUUGAGGAGCCAACUACAGAGGCUGUUACUGAGGCUGCACCAGCUGCUAAGGAGGUUACACCUGUUGAGGAGGGAGUUUUGGGUUACAAGGGUCCAGGUUUACUCAAGAGCUUCAUUUUCCAAAAGAAGCAUUUCUGGUUCGGAUCUGAGCCAGUUGAACACAAGAACCUUUCUAGCUACCUCCGUGGUGAGAAGCCAGAUGUUGGCAACCACAAUGCUGCCUGGUCAUCCCACACUGGAAAGGGUCUCUUGUUCUUCAGCAAGAAGUCCAGCGACAAGGCCAGCCCAGCUGGUAUCUUGAACUUGUCCGAAGCUUCUGAUGUCUCCGAAGAUGGCACUGUCGACUUCUUCUUCACCAUCCACGGCCACAAGCACACCUUCCAAGCUGCCAACCUCGCCGAACGUGAUAACUGGGUUGCUACCUUGAAGGUCAAGGUCGCAGAGGCUAAGGAAAUCGCCGAAUCUGUCAAGGAGAGUGAGACUUACAAGACCAGCCACGCUGCCUUGGUCAAGCCAUUCUCUGGUGCCGCCACCCCAAAGAAGGAGGCCAAGGAAGAGAAGAAAGAAGAAAAGGCUGAAAUCAAGGCCGAGAAGAAGGAAGAAAAGGCAGAGGCAAAGGAGGCCAAGGAAGAACAAAAAGAGGAGCAAGCUGAAGCCAAGGCUGAGGCAAAGGAAGAGAAGAAGGAGGAGAAGGCUGAACUCAAGGUUGAGAAGAAGGAUCGCAAGAGCCGUUCUGCUUCUCGCAAGGGUGAUAAGCGUACUUCCAUCUUCGGUGCCAUCCCAGGUUUCGGAAAGAAGGAAGAGAAGACUGAGGCACCAAAGGAUGAAGUUGUUGCUUCUCCAUCCACUGAGGAGCCAGUCGUCGUUACUGAUGCUUCCGCCGCUCCAGUUGUUGAUGCGCCAGUUGCUACUGAAGUUCCAGCCACCACUGAAGAAGCUGCUAUUGCCCCAGCUGUUGAGGAGCCUGUUGCCGCCGCUGCUCCAGUUGAGAAGCCAGUUCCAACCAAGCGUAACAGUAUCUUCGGUACUCUUCAAUCUAGAUUCUCUCACAAGAAGCCUGAGCCUGAAGCUGUUUCCCCAGUUAUUGCUCCAAAGGAUGAGGAGCCAGUUUCUGAGAAUGCCCCAGUUAUCCCAGCUGUUGAUACCACUGAGCCAUUGAACACCAAUGUUGAGGCUGCUCCAGCACCAGUUGAGACCACCGAGUCACCAGUCACCAAUGGUGAGACCCCCAAGGCUGCUGAAACUCCAAUCACCAAGGCCGAUAAGCGCAAGAGCUCCCUUCCAUGGUUGAACAAGAAGGAUAAGUCUGCCGCCACCAGUGACGAGGAGACUGAGAAGCCAAAGUCACCUUUCGCCAAGCUCCGUGCUACCGUCAAGUCCAAGUCAUCUCCAAAGGCUGACAAGACCGCUGAGAAGCCACUUGAGCCAACUGCCGAGACCAACGCUGAGGAUAAGAUCGCCGAAGAGACCGCCGCCACUGAAGAUGCCCCAGCUGUCACUGAGCCAGUCGUCUCUGAGCCAGUUGUUGCUGCUCCAGCUAGCACCACUCCUCAAGUUUCUGCUACCGCAUGA